CGAAAAAAAAAUUCAUUACGGGUGGUCGACCAUCCAUCUUCUCCCAUCCAAACCCCAUUCAAGCCCCAUUUUUACACACUCAAAGCAGGCUACGAGAACCAAAGAGAGAACAGCGCCCCAGCCGUCUCUCGCUAACCGCCCUCCGUCUGUCAUUGUUCGUCAGUUAAUGAAUAAUGAAUCUUCAAAGAACGAAUGUCCAUCCGGGACCAAUGGUUUGCGAUGUCCUAGACUUGGCACCCGGCAAACAUUGUUGUGAUAGGGUGUGGCAAGACUGUGAGUUUGGAGACGUGUCGGUGAAAUGUGUGAAAUUGUUUGGUAGCUUAAGGGAAAGACCUGACUUUUCUAAGGAGAAGGAUGAUAAGUCUAUUAUAAGCAAGCUCAUUUCAGAAAUUAUGUUCUCAAAAGUUGCGGCUGAUGGUGAUUACAAGACGGUCCCGCCUCAUCACAUGAAAAUUGAUGGGUUCCCCAACUUUAUUGUUCUUGGUGGUGGUGGUUUUGCUCUUCCUCCAUUUCCUUCUCCUGGGAUGCGGCUAUUUCUUCUUCCUCGAACUCCAGCGAGCGCAACUUCGCACAUCUUGGGCCGUGCCAGCGAGCAACUCCAAAAGGCAAAAGAUCACCUUGUUACCCGUCGUGCUAGAGAACAGAGCACCACCCAUAAUCUUCAACAUCAAGGCCCGAGCAUGCUGCAAAAAGCCAACCUUCGUGCUAUGAUCACCAACAGGAAUGAGUACGAUUGCAUUCAUUCUGAUCUGCGUCUUGCGCAAGUCUUCUAAAGAUGGCCUAAACUCAUUUCUGCACACAAUUGGGCCCAAUACUCAUUCGUGUUGCCACGCGAACCAACAACAGGGGUGCCAUCUACGGGGAGACCAAGUGGGACCUCUAUAUUGUUAGACAAAUCUGCAACUCUAGAGGGGGUGAAUAGAGUUGUUUUCAAGAAUGUGCGUUUUUCGCAUGUGCGAAAUAAUAAAAUCGCAGGAAUAAAUAAAGAGAGUAAGG